GAAAAACUGGUAUCAACAACCCAUGUUUAAAAAAAACGUACGGUACAAGAUACAAUACAAUUCUUCUUCUAGCAGCAUGGUUUCCGAUGACAACGACACGCACCCCAUCGAUGGGACAAAUGGGUCUGGAGGGGAGACGGUGGCAGCCGGGGAAAGCGAUGAAAACCAAACCCACGGCGACGGAACAGGAAUCGUCCACCUGGAGAUCGGGUCGUGUUCUACCGUCCCGUUUUAUCGUGCCUCCCACCUGCGGUACAUAGGCCAUUUGGGCAACAAGCUGGAUUCCCCCUCCAGCUAUAUGGGUGCGGUUACGGAGCAUUUGCGGAUGAGCGGUAUUUAUUGGACCUACACGGCGCUCUCCCUGCUGGUGUCCCCGUCCGAGGCGGACGCGAUCAUCGGAAACGAAAGCAGCAGGGCCAGCGACCACCAGCCGCAACCGCCAGAAACAGAAUUGCCGCUCCCCCGCUUGGUCGAGUGGGUGCUGCGGUGCUACGAUCCCAGAUCGGGCGGGUUCGGUGGCAACGUCGGACACGACGGCCACCUCCUCUACACCCUGUCCGCCCUGCAGAUCCUGGUAGUGGCGAAGUACGAUCUGAACAAGCUCGCCGUCCGGGACAUUGCCGCAUUCGUGGUCUCGCUGCAGCAAGCCGACGGGAGCUUUGCCGGYGACGAGUGGGGAGAGAUCGACACCCGCUUUGGAUACUGUGCCCUGAGUGCGCUCUCCAUUUUGGGUAGCCACUGCUCCACCGUCGGCAUCCACAGCGUCGACGUCGCGAAGGCCGUCGACUACAUCGCCUCCUGCCAGAACCCGGACGGGGGCUUUGGGUCCAUGAGGGGGGCGGAAUCGCACGCGGGGCAGGUCUUUUGCUGCGUAGGGGCACUGAGCAUCGCCGGAUCUCUGGGCGUGAUCCGCCACCCGGACCUCCUGGCGUGGUGGCUCUCGGAGCGCCAGUGCGACUCGGGCGGGCUGAACGGCCGGCCCGAGAAACAGGCCGACGUGUGCUACUCCUGGUGGAUCCUCAGCGUCCUGAGCAUCCUGGACCGGCUCGACUGGAUCUCGGCGGAGAAGCUGGCGGGAUUCAUCGCCCGSGCGCAGGACGAAGACGACGGGGGCAUAGCGGACCGCCCGGAGGACAUGCCCGACAUCUUCCAUACGUUUUUCGGCAUCGCCGGGCUCUCCCUCCUGGGGAAGCUGCCCGAAUCGUACCGGAGGAUCGAUCCCGUGUACGCCCUACCGGUGGACGUCGUGGAGCGCUGUGGSUUGUCGGCGCAGAUUGUUCGCCGGAGCCGCUGCGACCCGGAAAACAGCGGUGGGAGAUUCUCGCACCGGUACGAUGUGCUCGAACGRAUAUAACGGCACAACACAUCGCAGCACAAUAACACGCAAACACAACC